AUGACCACUAUGAAGCAACCUCAGCCAAGCACAUUGUUUCUUCAAGGUCUGAAUCUCCUCUUGACAGCUUGCUUUUCAAUGGCGCUUCCCUGGAAAAUCCAUGAUGAUAUCGCAACGCUGGCAGGGCUGAGCAGAAGUGGUAAGAGUUGUACGGAGAGGUGGAAUAACCAUCUGGAUCCUACUGUCAAGAGAGAGAACUUCUCCCAAGAGGAAGACGACGCCAUCAUCUGCUUCCAGUCGCUCUAUGGGAAUUGCUGGGCAAGUAUAGCAGCUCAUCUUCCAGGGCGAACCGAAAAUGAUGUGAAGAACCGCUUGUACAACCAUUUGAAGAAGAAGAAGAUUGGGAGAAGUACACGCACAAAGUAG